UUAUCGAAGUAACUAAGGUGGCAAAUACAAAGAGCGGCUGAUGUGAAGAUGUUUUGAAGGGGACGCUGUCUGCUCCCUGCCUGUGUCUCUCCCCCCACCCCCCACCCACCCUCUCUCUCUCUCUCUCUCUCUCUCCUGUCUAUGGGAGCGUGUUAGCGGCUGGGGAGGAGGAGGAAAAGAGAGAGAGAGAAAAAAAAAGGCUCGGACAAGCUUGUAACAGUUUGAGACACUGACCAUGUCGUGCUGGCCUACCUUGCCUUCCCGGGGAUUUCUGUGGAGGAUUUUGUGGGUUACUUGCAGUUUGCAAAACUGUUUCUGGGUGCUGGGGUGCCCGGGGAACUGCAUCUGUAAAAUGAGCCAGAUUUACUGCAACCAGCCCGAUAAUGUCACCAUCUUCCCCGUCCUGGAUUUGCAGGAAAUGGAGAACGUCAGGGAAAUACACAUCGAGAACCAGAAGAGCCUUCAAACGUUGAAUGCUUUUGACAUGGAGCCUUAUAUUGGACUACAGAAUCUGACAAUCAUAAAUUCAGGACUUCGGUCGAUCGCUCCACGAGCAUUUGCCAAAAAUCCUCACCUUCACUACAUUAACCUCUCGGGUAAUCAUCUCACCAGCCUGUCCUGGCAACCCUUUAGGACACUUCGACUCGCCCAGCUUAUUCUGGUUGGAAACCUAUUCAACUGCAGCUGUGAAAUCCGCUGGAUCCAGCUGUGGCAGGAGGCAGGGGAAGCACAGCUGGAGCGACAGCAGCUAUACUGUAAGACAGAAAGUUCCAACAUCCUCCUCUCCCACAUGAACAUCACACAAUGCGAAUUGCCGGAGAUCAGCGUCAGUCACAGCAACUUAUCAGUGAAGGCAGGAGAGGACGCGGUGGUGACCUGUAAUGGAUCAGGGUCUCCGCUUCCUGAUGUCGAUUGGAACGUCACUCACGUGCACUCUAUUGGCAUCCACCAGACCAACAAUAAUCUGACAACAGUCUCAGCUGUAAACCUGACCCUAUUUAAUGUUGAUCAGGAGGAUAAUGGAAAGCUGCUGACAUGCAUUGCAGAGAACGUGGUGGGGAUGACGAAUGCCUCGGUGCUCUUACGUGUUUACUUUCCUCCUGAUAUUAAGGAGCUAACAGAGCCCGAACAGCGACACAUGCACUGCAUUCAGUUCACCGUCUAUGGCAACCCCUUGCCCACCAUUCACUGGCUGCACCGGGGCCAUCGGCUGAAUGAGACUGACUACAUCAAAACCAAGGUCUAUGAGGAGUCCACGGAUUGGUUCCAUGGCUGCCUGCUUUUCGACAAACCCACCCACUAUAACAAUGGGAACUACACACUUGUGGCAGAAAAUGAUUUGGGAACUGAUUCGGAGACUGUCUACGCACAUUUUCUGGGUAUCCCAUUUCCUGAAAUCCUUGAGAACCCCUUUUAUAUUCCAUCAUUUGAAGUGACAACAGGCCCGCCAGUCAGUGUAACCCACAAGCCCGAGGGAGAUACUUUUGGCGUCUCCAUUGCUGUUGGACUCGCUGCAUUUGCCUGCGUUCUCCUGCUCGUCUUGUUCAUAAUGAUUAACAAAUAUGGACGGCGUUCUAAAUUUGGAAUGAAAGGGCCGGUGGCUGUGAUCAGUGGUGAGGAAGAUUCUGGCAGCCCGCUCCACCAUAUUAAUCAUGGGAUUAUCACACCCUCAUCCAUGGAUGUUGGGCCGGACGCUGUUGUUAUAGGGAUGACCCGGAUCCCAGUGAUUGAAAACCCUCAGUAUUUCCGACAGACUCACAGCCUCGGGAAACACCCAGAGACUUAUGUGCAGCACAUCAAGAGGAGGGACAUUGUGUUGAAACGAGAGCUGGGUGAGGGAGCUUUUGGGAAAGUUUUCUUGGCCGAAUGUUACAAUUUGAGCCCAACCAAGGACAAGAUGCUGGUGGCAGUUAAGACUCUGAAAGAUGCCACAGUCUCUGCACGGAAAGAUUUCCAGCGAGAGGCAGAGCUCCUCACCAACCUUCGGCAUGAGCACAUCGUGAAGUUCUACGGCGUCUGUGUCGAUGGUGAUCCUCUCAUAAUGGUCUUUGAAUACAUGAAGAAUGGAGAUUUGAAUAAGUUCCUGAGAGCUCGUGGUCCGGAUGCAAUGAUUCUGGUGGAUGGACAACCACGGCUUAAGGGGGAGAUGACCAUCUCGCAGAUGUUAAACAUCGCCACACAGAUCGCAUCCGGCAUGGUGUACCUGGCCUCACAACACUUUGUUCACAGGGACCUGGCCACCCGCAACUGCCUAGUCGGAGGGAAUGUGCAGGUUAAAAUUGGAGAUUUUGGAAUGUCAAGAGAUGUCUACAGUACGGAUUAUUACAGGGUGGGUGGUCACACUAUGCUUCCAAUCCGCUGGAUGCCUCCUGAGAGUAUAAUGUAUCGCAAGUUCACCACCGAGAGUGACGUCUGGAGCUUCGGAGUAAUCCUGUGGGAGAUCUUCACCUAUGGCAAACAGCCCUGGUUCCAACUCUCAAACAACGAGGUGAUUGAAUGUAUCACACAAGGCCGUGUGCUGGAGAGACCGAGAGUCUGUCCCAAGGAGGUGUAUGACAUCAUGCUGGGAUGUUGGCAGCGAGAACCCCAGCAGAGGCUGAGCAUCAAAGACAUUCAUCGGAUACUACAAGCUCUGGGCAAGACCUCCCCCAUCUACCUGGAUAUCCUUGGCUAG